AUGCCGACGCAGCUCAAAUACCACGACUUGAGCUUGCCAAAUCCAUCACGGUGGAUGAACUCAGCAGAUACAAAUUGCUGGAUCACACCUGCAACACCAUUCCCUACCUACCAGUCUACGAACAUUCUAACUCGGUACUCGCCUACCGAUUCGUUAGGCGGCCAUAAGAAGGUCGCGAACGUUCAUAUUAUCCCCGAGGGAGAGAGCUAUACGAUGUCGUUCGAAAACAAGUCUUCUCAUACGCUCUAUCUGACCAUGUUUUAUUUCCAGCCAUCGUGGGACAUUGGCCAAGUCCACUCAACGACUGGUAAUUUCGAAGAGAUCAGCUAUUCUGCCUACGAUCGGGACAUCGGUGACUUUGUCCCAGAACUUCUCAACAACCUUCUUUCUGCUUCACCCGUCAUCGAUAGAUUUAAAGCUUUCGUCACGAAGCAGCCUACGUCCUUUAGGUCUCUCGUCAUGGAGGAUAUUAAUGAUCGAUGGGAUCCAGUUUCCAUUUCUACUUCGAGAGCCACUGAGCAUCGCCUCCUUCAGCAGCUGUCUGUCCGAAACAGCAUUCAUCCAGUCGCAGUACCACGAGAUAACUCCCUACCAGGGCCCAGACGCCAAUUGGCAGACCUGCGAGAUUACGAGAUGCAUGGUUCCACACGAUAG